AUGGAUCCACCGGGUGAUGAUAAUUCAACGACAGUACAAAAGCCAUUAAUGGAUGUCACGGAAACGGAUGCCUAUCGAGAAAAAAUCAUAGCAUUUGUUAAUCCAAAAUCUGGUGGUUUACAAGGUCAAGUAGUAUUCGAACAAUUACGAGCUCAAAUAGGUGAAGCAAAUGUUUAUGAUUUAGUUAAAGAUCAUGGUCCGCAAAAAGGUUUAAAAGAUAAUCAACAUGAAAAAAAUUUACGAAUCAUUGCAUGUGGUGGUGAUGGUACAGUUGGUUGGGUUCUAUCUGCACUUGAUACAUCACAAAUGCAAUAUAUGGAUUUUAUUAGUGUUGGUGUUAUUCCAUUAGGUACAGGUAAUGAUAUGGCUAGAUUUCUUGGCUGGGGUGUUGGUUAUCGUGGUGAAGGAUUAGGACCAGCUAUACAAUCAUUAGCUAAAUCAGAAUCACGUUUACUUGAUCGAUGGCAAAUUGAUGUUAAACCUACGGAAGAUUCAGGAACUGCUAAUUUAAAAAUUCCUCAACCUGUUUUUAAUAAUUAUCUUAGUUUUGGUGCUGAUGCACAGAUUGCGCUUGACUUUCAUGAAAAACGUAAUGCAAGUCCACGUCGUUAUGCUAAUCGAUUAUUUAAUAAAUUAGCAUAUGGUUGUAUUAGUUGUCAUACAUUUUUUGAUCGUCGUUAUUUAUUUGGAAAUAUUGCUAGCCAUUUUGAACUUCAUGUUGAUGGACGAAAUAUGGAUGAUGAUCUAUUUCGUUUUCGUCCUGAUGCUAUACUUAUAUUAAAUAUAGCAUCAUAUGCUGCCGGAACAAAUCCUUGGCAAGGCAUUUAUGAUAAUCUUUGGUGUGCUAGAUCACAAGCUGAUGAUGAUCGAUUUCGUGAACAAAGUUGUUCAGAUGGUUAUUUAGAAAUAAUUGGUUUCAAACAUUUUGAACUAGCAAGAAUUCGUUUAGGACGUCGUGGUCAUCGUAUAGCUCAGGGAAGUGAAAUAAAAUUAAUUAUGAGACGAGAUGUACCGAUGGAAAUAGAUGGUGAACCUUUUUUACUUGGUCCUUGUCAAAUAACAAUAACACGUAAAAAUCAAGCACGAAUGAUAAUUACGGAAAAAAGUCAAGCUGCUCAACAAGUUCAAGCAAGACGUGUCUAA